AUGGGAGCUGAAAGUAAAAAGAAGGGAGGAGUCAUCGAUUUGGUUGCCGGAGGUACAGCUGGUUUGUUUGAAGCAUUAUGCUGUCACCCAUUGGAUACCAUCAAGGUCAGAAUGCAGUUGUACAAAAAGUCAGGUAAAAAGCCCCCAGGCUUCAUCAACACGGGUAUAAAUAUUGUCCAAAAAGAGGGCUUUUUAUCCUUGUACAAGGGAUUGGGAGCUGUUGUGAUUGGAAUUGUGCCAAAAAUGGCCAUAAGAUUUUCAUCCUACGAAUUUUAUCGUUCUUUAUUAUUUAAUAAAGAUGGGUCCAUUAGCACUGGUAAUACAUUUAUUGCAGGUGUAGGUGCUGGUAUUACUGAAGCUGUUAUGGUAGUCAAUCCCAUGGAAGUCGUUAAGAUUCGAUUACAAGCUCAACACCACUCCAUGGCUGACCCAUUGGAUGUCCCUAAGUAUAGGAAUGCACCACACGCAGCAUAUCUUAUUGUAAAGGAAGAAGGAUUCAGCACCUUAUACAGAGGAGUUUCUUUGACUGCUGCAAGACAGGCCACAAAUCAAGGUGUCAACUUUACUGUCUAUUCCAAGCUCAAAGAACGUUUAUUGGAGUACCAUAACAUUGAUGCAUUGCCUUCUUACGAAACUUCAUUGAUUGGAUUGAUUUCAGGUGCAUUGGGUCCAUUGUGUAACGCACCAUUGGAUACUAUCAAGACUAGGUUACAGAAGACAACGUACGCAUCUAAUGAAUCAGGAAUGGUUAGAAUUGUCAAGAUUGCUAAUCAAUUGAUCAAAGAAGAAGGUAUUCAUGCCUUAUACAAAGGAAUUACACCAAGAAUAAUGAGAGUUGCUCCUGGCCAAGCUGUCACUUUCACCGUGUAUGAAUUUAUGAAGGGGGUCUUGAACGGUGACUCGCCUCUCGUAAACUCAGAAAAGAAGCUUGGUUGA